AAAAAAAAAAAAAAAAAAAAAUCGGUUUUUUUUAAGAAAAAAUGUCUACUUUAUUAAAAAAUGUAACUAUUAAAAGUCAUGAAAUGACAAGGCCAAAACCUCCAGUUAUCGUCGGGACAGGGUCCCUAGGAAAGAUAUAUAAAGUACAAUAUAAAGGAGCCGAUGCUAUUAUUAAGUCAGCUAAGGAAGAUUUAGACGCAAUUUUAGAAGAAUUUCACAUUCAUUAUAAACUUCGAGAACAUGAAAAUGUAUUAAAAUUUUACGAUAUAUCAGAUUAUACUAUAAAGUUAGAUGAUAUUUAUCUAACUGAUGAUCGGACUGUUAAAAUUGCUGGUUUCAAUAAAAAUAAUAAUAAAAGGAAAAAAGAAGAUAGUCUUAACGACUUUAAUACUUUUCAAUCUAUUGGUACCAUACAUUGGGAUGCUCCUGAAGCUAUCUCUUCUGAUCAAGAAAUGAAAUUGUCUCUUAUUAAUCAUCCAAAAUUAGCAAACAUUUAUUCUUUGGGUCUAAUAUUUUGGGCAAUUGUAAUGAAUGGAAAAAUACCAUAUGAAGGCAUGACACGUGAUAAGAUAAUAGAAGAGAAACGUCAGCAUAACGCAAAUGAACUUUUGCAAAAUCUUUUACCUCAAUCAAUACCAUCAAAAUUCUCAAAUAUAAUUUUUAAAAUGACAAAAUAUGCUCCAAGACAAAGACCUUGUUUACUCGAAGUACUUUGUGUAUUGGAAGAAUUAUAUGAUUUUAGUAAUCAAAAAGAAUCAUUGUUAAAAGAAAAUUCGAAACAAGUUCAUACAGAAAUUAAUCUUUUCGAGAAUUUAUCUUCUGAUUCUCGAAGCAUUAGUCAAGCUAGUCAAUUUUAUGCUAGUGUUCCUGUACAUAAAAAAUUUCAAAGUACGGAUUCCAUGGAUUCUUUAAUGAAUAGUUAUGACAAUAAUAAAAAUAUAAAUAGUAAAAAUUCUAACCAUGAAUAUCGGCUUUCAAAAAUUGAUGUGGAUUUAUUAGGACAAAUUACUAUGCUGUAUCUAGAUUCAGAAAAAUUUGGUUUUGAUUGGUUCACAAAAAGUUUAAAACAUUUAACUGAAACAGAAAAAAGAGAUUCAAAAAAAUGCUUUGAAUUAAUUAAUUUGGACUUAAGUCGACCGCAUAGGCAAUGUAUUUUAGGUUUCUUUUACGAAGAGGGUUUUGGUACGACUCGUGAUACUAAACAAGCUUAUAAAUGUUAUAAGAAACUGGCGGAAGAUGGUAAUUAUUAUGCUCAAAACCAUUUAGCUUUAUGUUAUCAAGAUGGUAUCGGUAUAGAAAGAGAUGAUUUAAAAGCUUUUGAUUGGUUUAAAGAAUCAGCUUCAGGUGGCAAUGUUUCUGCUCAAAAUAAUCUUGCUAUGUGUUAUGAUUAUGGUAAAGGAACCAGUCCAAAUCAUGCAAAGGCCUUUACUUUAUAUAAAUCUGCUGCUGAAGGUGGUAAUGUUAUGGCACAAUAUUCUCUUUCAUUAUGUUACGAAGGUGGUUAUGGUACUGAUGAAGAUAAAAAAGAAGCUCGAAAAUGGCUGAAAAUUGCUGCUAAUAAUGGCAAUUUAGCUGCAAUUGAAACUUUAAAGGCAAGAAAAAGAAAUAUUGGUUUAUUUUUUAAAAAAGUUUUAUUUUCUAAAAAAUUUUCGAAUAAUAAAAUCUCUCGACCGCUUAGCCAAAACGUAGAUGAUGACGUAUAUUAAAAUCUCACAUUUUACAUAUACGAAUAUAUUAAUAUAUAGAUUAAAUCUUUUUUUAUACGGGGUAAUUAAAUUAUCUUCCAGA